GCCGAUCUUGCAUUCUGCUGUCAUCAUCAGCUGCCAUGUCAAAGCGCCCCAUUUCGCCAUCGUCGUCGUCGUCGCCGACGCGCAAGCGUCAGCGAAUGGACAGCUCUACGCCGGCCGCGGAGGACGAAAUGCGCCAGCCGCUACCCCCGGCCGUCCUGUUGCUGUCGAUGCCCAAGCUACUCAUUCAGCCCCCCUCGCAUCCGCAGCACGAGCUAUCCCUCUGCUUAAGCAUCCUUGCUUUGCGGAAGUGUCUCAAGACUACCAACCUCAGCGCCGUCGACGAGUGUCGGUGCCAUACCGGCAUCGCGGAGAUUGGGCUCAUCGCGUUACGCGGCGGGUUCGCAGAGAAGGAAGAUAGCUUGUGGGCAGAAGAUCUGCUUGGGGACGUAGAGAGGUCCAUCAGCCAAGGACUCGUCCUCGCUCAGAAGCACCCAGCAUUAUACCUCUAUACUCCCCACUUGACCCUACUCUCCUCUCAACUGGCCGAACAACAAGGCAACAUGAAGUUUGCGCGCGCCGCACUAAACCGCAUGAUGAACAAUACAACCUAUCCCCGCUACCCGGCAGACGUCGUAUAUGCGGCCUAUCUGGACAACAUCUCAUUUCUCAUCGCCAACCCCUCACCCUCCAAUGCUGCGCUCUCUCGCUCCGCCAGUCCCACGAAGACGCCGACGCGAUCACGACCCGUCUCGCCAUUGAAGCCGAAGGUGGACGAGAAGGCCCAGCAGGACACAAACCGGAGGCAGAUCCUGCAUAUACUCGGUUCUUUGCGCACGCAGGCGCUGAACAACGCACAUACACUCGUGGUCACACUUUGCGACCUUGUCAAAUUGCGUCUGCUCAUACGCUGGGGGCUGUGGGCGGAGGUUGGCGAAAUGGUUCAGACGGUUGAGGAGGCGCUCAACCUGACCGGCUCGCAUGCUGCUCCGGCUAUUGGGAAGGAAAACGCACCUGGUUCACAAGCUGCCCCUACACCUGGAACGUCGGCGCCACUCCAGAACUCGAAUCAACAGCCCGGCGCAGUCCCCGCUUUUCAGGACAAGCCGGCGGAUUCCAAAGCCAAUGCCGACGCGACAAACGCUACUCCCACCCUCGAUGUGCCCUACCAUAUCGCUAUGCUCCAAGCGCACGCGCUCAUCCUCGCAAUAACAUAUCACGUCUACACCGGCUCGAUACCAAAAGAUCAUGUCACUCCUCGACUAUCACGCCUACAUGUGCUGCUGGACUCUGGACUCUUCGACAUUCCGGAUGAGAGGGUAUCGGGGCUGGUCCAGUUGCCCUUGUCUGAGUGCGCCAACGCCCGACCGCUGCUGCUACGUCUAACGCCUCCUGCUAUCAUCACCAGCAUGACCUAUCUCAUCUCUGCCGUCUCAAAACGCGACCCUGUUGGGCGCAACCCGAAGCGCGGCGUCUUCGCCCGUGAGGGUCUUCUUCACCUCGAGAAUGAGCUGGCUCUGGGUACUGCGGCGCAGACAGUACCUGACUUCGCCAGCAAGGCCGAGCUGAGCGAAGCCCACGCGCGUGUGUCCAAGAUUCAGGCGGACCUCAUGCUGGAGGGGAUAGCUCUUGACAUCUCGCGGUCCUCCUUCGCCCCUGCAAGACGUAGCUUGGACGCGCUUAUAGCUCACCUACGGUCUCACGGCAUUUGGGAGUGCUACGCUGCUCGCGUGACUCUUCUGGAGGGAUACCUGGCCCACGGCGAGGCGGGGUGGAUGUACACCCUGUUGCUCACGGACGAGGAGCUGGCGGAAGCAAGAGCCAAAGCAGAGGCUACGAUGAAGUCCACCCCCAAAGCGAAGGGUCAAAGCAAAAACAAGAAGAAGCAGGACGCCAAAAUCAAGGCAGGCAAUUCCGCCGAUCUCAGCAACGCCGCCAACCUCACCGAGGCUCGCCGUAAAUGGGGUCGUGCGAGAGACUGCUACCGCGUAGCGGCCACCCUGGCGAAGGAGACCGGUGAUAACUGGCUUUGUGCGGCGGCAAAGGCGGCGGGACUGGCGCUGCGGCUCGGUCUCGAGGCGAUGGGCGAGCGCACGGAGAGAUGGCGGCCGGGGAGUGAAGGCGAAGAGGAUGUCGAGGCAGCAGACGAGGACGACAUCGACAAGUUCGCACGCGCUAUGGAGGACGCUCAGGUCGUCAAGGAGUGCCACGGCAUGGGCGGCAUCCUCAGCGCGGUGGGCCGCGUCCUGCAAGCCUCGCUGAAUGUGCAGGAGGGGACGGCGACGUUGGGCGCGAAAGCAUCCCUCCGUUCCGCGCUCACGCUCACGACGAACGCGCAGGAGAACUACCUGCGCGCGCUCGUGCUAGCGAUGUGCUCGAGCCACUACCUGCUCACCGCGGAAGAGCACGCGAGCGAGAUGCUCGAGGCGUGCAGCAAUAUCGCGUGCGGGCUCGGCGUUGGGCCGAAGAAGGGUGUGCAGGCGCAGGGCUCGGCCUGAUGGGAACAAGCUCGGCAAUGUGCCCCUGCGCUUGUGGUGCGGGGAGCGCAGGGCAGAGCUGUACGCGAGGAAUGGGGACGAGGAGAACAGGGGAAAGGCGUUAGAGACGCAGCAGGCGAUCGUACUGGCUGCGAGGACGAAGAUGAGGGAGCAGAGCGCAUGAAAGACCUUUGCUACAUGGACGCCGGA